AUGUAUCAAAUAUCAUUACAACAAUUUCUUGGUCUAUUUCAUGAUUCAAUGAUAAAAUCACAUAAAAUUGCUGCAACACAAAAGCGUAUUCAAAAUAUUAAUGAUUAUUUAACAUAUCGAACAUGGUUUUAUACAACACGUGGUUUAUAUGAAGAUGACAGACUUAUGUUUACAUUACUUAUGGCAUUAAGAAUUGAUUUACGUCGAGGAAAAAUACGUUAUGAUGAAUUUGAAGUAUUAAUUAAAGGUGGUGCAUCAUUAGAUUUAAAUACAUGUCCACCGAAAUUAUUUCGUUGGUUAAAUGAUUCAUCUUGGCUUAAUCUAUUGGAAUUAAGUCGAUUGAAAGAAUUUCAUGAUGUUAUCGAUCGAGUAUGUUAA